AGAAAGGGGACACUUGUCCAACCGGAGAUGCAGAUGGCCACAGAGGACAUGAGCAACAGCCAAUCUGGCACCAGGAAGAGGAAAGUCCAACCUGCCAGUAUAUACAAGACAAAUCAAAUGUGACCCUCCUAUAAUUAAACCAUAGCAAGGUUCCCCCAAACACAAGCUCACUGCCAAUGAGGGACCCAAUCCCUGUCCAUGUCCAUUUUGUCUUUGAUCCACCUUAUUGUUCCGACCAGAGACAGAUAAACAGCAGUUACAAUACAAUAAAGAUCUCAGCAUACUAGGAACGCCAGGCACAGUGAAGCUGUAUAACAGAGCUGUGCGCUGCUCGGCUCCAACGCAGUUUCAACGAGCAGGCCCUAGCAACAGGAGCUACCCUAUAUAUACAACCCGCCCCUGAGCCCUCUUCCUAGAUGGGAUCCACCUGCAACAACAGACCUUAGAUAUCAGACCAACCCCCCAGACGUCUCUCUGUAAUGGGUACCGCCAAGGCACUGCGGGCGGCCCAAGCGGCGGGUUCACCCCGCCACAGAUACUCUGCAGCUUCAUCAUCGGUGGUCCUGUCUGCCGCCGGCACCUUCCUCUAUUGGCUCAGCUUGCUGUCAAUCAUGCGGUUACCGACGGCAUCGGCGGACUGCUGGCUGAUCGAGGGGGAGAAGGGCUUUGUGUGGCUGGCCAUCUGCAGUAUGAACCAGCCCCCCUACGAGGCCAUUCCCCCGCACAUUAACAGCACCAUUGUGGAUCUGAGGCUGAACGAGAACAAGAUCCGGUCGGUCCACUACUCCUCUCUGAGCCGCUUUGGGAACCUAACCUACCUGAACCUGACCAAGAACGACAUCAGCUAUGUGGAGGACGGAGCAUUCUCGGCACAAUUCAACCUGCAGGUCCUCCAGAUGGGCUUUAACAAGUUGAGGAAUCUGACGGAGGGGAUGCUACGUGGCCUGGGGAAGCUGCAGUACCUCUACCUGCAGGCCAACCUCAUCGAGAGCGUCAGCCCAAACACCUUCUGGGAGUGUGUCAACAUAGAGAACAUAGACCUCUCCAUGAAUAGGCUCCAGGUGCUGGAUGGCAGUUUGUUCUCGGGGCUCAGCAAGCUGACAACGUGUGAACUGUACACAAACCCCUUCAACUGCUCCUGUGAGCUGCUGGGCUUCCUUCGCUGGCUCUCCAACUUCCCCAACCGGACCAACGAGAGGAUGGUGUGCGACUCCCCGGCGGGCUUCGCCGGCUACAACCUCCUCAGCCAGAACCCCCGCAUGCCUGCCUACCGAAACUCUCUGCACAUGCUCAGUAUCGUCUGCACGGACAUCGACAGCAGCGUUACCCCUGACUUUGUGAUUGACCAGUCCGACAGCAGCACCAUGUCCCCUGACAUCUUGACGCCGUGCGGAUUGGAGGACUGCUACUCGGGCACCCCUCCGGACGACACCAUCAGCCUGAGCCCCGUCCUGACCGAGUCCAACCCCGUCAUGAUACUCAAGCAGAUCUUGCCUUUAGGCGCCGUGAUCACGGUGCGAAUCCCCCACCCCUACCGGAAGAUGUACCUCCUGGUGCUGUACAACAACAGCUUCUUCACGGACAUCCGCAACCUGAAGAGCCAGAGGGAGGACAUUGAACUGAAGAACCUGAAGCCCCACACGGACUACACGUACUGCGUGGCGUCCAUACGGAACUCGUUGCGCGUCAACCACACCUGCCUGACCAUCCCCAUCGGACGACGGAUCGACCCCACCAGCCGAGCCAACCAGUCGUCGGCCACCCACUACAUCAUGACCAUCCUGGGCUGCCUGUUCGGCAUGCUGCUCUUCCUGGGCCUGGUGGUGCACUGUCUGAGGAAGAAGAGGAUCAUGGAGGCCAAGGAGAGGAAGAUGAACAGGAUACAAAGGACCCUGAUCGAGCUCAAAUACGGCGGAGGUGGGGAUAUAGAAGGAGGGGGCGGAGGAGGGGGUCUUUCCCAGAAGCAGAUGCUGGCGGGUGAGAGUCUAUCCAGGAUGCCUUACAUGCCCCAGGGAGGGGCGAUAGAUCCGUACAAGCUGCAGGAGGUGACCGAGACGCCGGUGCACAAGCCCACCAAGCUCAAUUAUAUGGAGGUCAGGGGGUCUGGUGUGGAGCGGGAGAGGGAGAGAGAGCGGGAGAGGGAGAGAGAGCGGGAGAGAGAACGAGAGAGAGACUCGCCGCAGGAAAACCCCCAGGGCUCCGUCGCCGAGAUCUCCACCAUCGCCAAAGAGGUGGACAAAGUGAACCAGAUCAUCAACAACUGCAUCGACGCCCUCAAGUCCGACUCCAGCCCCUACCAGCAGGCCAUGAAGUCCCCCUCCACGGCGGGGGGGGGCUCCGUCUCCAACGCCGAGCCCCAGCUGGUGCUGCUCUCAGAGCAGGGGGCGGAGAUGGGGGAGCGCGGCGGGGGGGAGUUCCUCUCCCCGGUCUACAAAGGGGGGAGAGGCGGGAAGGGAGAGGAGAGAGGCCGGGGCUAUCACCAGUCGCUGCAGCGCCACCACAGCAUGGAGGCCCCGGCCCCCUCCAAGCGGCCCAGCACCUCCUCCUCCCCCGGCUCCGCCCGCAGCCCGCGCUCCUUCCGCUCCGAGGGCGGCUACCACUCCUCUGAGACGCGCUACAUCGAGAGGACCUCGCCCGGGGAGCGAGGGGGAGGCGGCGGCGGCGGCGGGGACGGCGGCCGCACAGUGAUCCCGGCGGCGGCCAUCCUCCGGGCCGAGGCCCAGCGGAUCCGCCAGUACAACGAGCACCGCCACUCCUACCCCGGGUCCCAGCAGCACCUCCAGGAACUGCAGCACCACCCGCAGAUCAUGCAGGAGCUGCACCACCACACGGGGGGGCGGAACCCCGCCGUCCUGGACCCUCUCACCCUCAGCAGGCAGGCCAAGCAUCGGGAUCAGCUGGCCUACGCCCAGCUGUCCCCCCACUACCCGCUCUCGCCCCAGUACCACAACCUCAGCUACUGCUCCAGCCCCGAGGAAGACGAGGAGGACGAGGGGCUCCUGUGCACCCCCACCCUGGGACUGUGGGAGCGCUUCAAGCUGCACCGCAAGAGGCACCGGCAGGCUUCCAUGGAGGAGGAGGGCUAUGUGGCGGCGGGACACGCACUGAGGCGGAAGGUGCAGUUCGCCAAGGACGAGGACCUGCACGACAUACUGGACUACUGGAAGGGUGUGUCCGCGCAGCAGAAAGCCUGAGUCAAACCCCAGAAUGGAUAGCCGUUGAGAAUUGGAAAUUAGUAAAUAUAUAUAUAUAUACAUAUAUAUAUCAGCGUACAUUAUUUCUCGCUCACACACACACAUACACAUAUGAAAAAAGACAUGUAGGUACGUAAUUAACACAUGUAGACGGCGCCUACAAGCGCCAGUUGUAUACAGUACACACAAACACAAAUACACACACACACAUACUACACAGCCGACACAACAAGCCUUUGCUUCUGAGAACAUGGAACAAAGUAAUAUAUUUACGAAAAAUCUUUAACUUUAUGACCCACUUAUGAAUUUUUUUUGUAAUGUAAUGAAAAGUAUAGAUCAGAAUUAUGUAGCUGUUUGUAUUGUUACACUAGGGGUUUUGAAGGGGAGAAGAAAAAAACGGAAAAACAAAACAAAACACCAACACCAACAUAAGCAGAAACAAUAAGAGUUGCAGGCAACCUGUACCCGUAACACAACCUCCGGUUCUGGUCCCGCCUUGGAGAUUGACGUGUGACAGAAUAACGUCACACUCUCAUUGCUCCACUUUGAGGCAGGGGAGAACGGCUGCCAUUUUAACUAGAGAACGAUGAAUCAAAGUGGGGGUGAUUCUUCUUCUGUAUAACUCCAUGCUAGUGCUGUGACAUUACAAAAACCAGACAUUUGUAAAGACCAUGGAUUGUAAUUUUCUUACGCGAGACAUCGUGGGGGAUACAUUCAGGGGUUGGGUCCCCUGGGACGAGGAAGGUGGUGGUGAUCCAUAGCGAGAAAGCAUCAUGUGCCAAAACACUGAAGGGGGAAAAACAAAAGAUUUACUGUGCUUCAACACCCUCCUCCUCGUCACUGUUUUUCUAGAACGAACUAUGAACAAAAAAAAAAACACACUGUAGAAUGAUAUGUUGUUAUUACUAUUAUAAUAAUUAUGAUUACUAUUCUUAUUACAAUCCUCAUCCUUACUAUUAUGUUAUUUGAAUAUGGCAUGGCUCUGUCGUGUGACUGUGUUUUGACUGUUUUAAUCCUCGGAUGCCGAGGACGACAUACACGCGAAACAGAGUCUGACGGACACCGGCGGACAUUUUAGUUGUUUCUUUUCCUUUUCCAGCCAAGACGGAGUCGUUGUGUUCUGCUCUGAGCCCAGCAGACACUACUUUCCAUAGUCUUGUUGACAAAAAAAACGACAGAACUCCAAACUUUUGUUGUACCGCUUCCCAUCUUCUGGCGUGGAAGUGCUGUACAGAAGACUGUCAGAGCAGUUCUAUAUAUUUGCACCAGAGGGGACUCUUUUGUUUGUACAACGUGCUUUUGGAAUCUUUCAGACUUUCCCGGUAUACCCGACGUUAGUUUACCUGCUUAACUCACUGAUAAUUGUACGUUUUUGAUUUUGAAAAACUCGAUAAUUGCGAGAAGAGAAAAAAUAAUUCUGAUCCUCACAUGAAUGUCUUCAACUCCUAUGGGGGGGCAACAUAUCUGCACUCUUCGAAAUCAGAAAACGUCUUAACAAGAGAAAAAAGCCUAAAACUCAUUUCCGAAUACACUGUAGCUUCACUGUGCUUUACCCACAAUCCCCCAUUCUCUCUCUCCUCACAUCUCCCACCGUAACCGCGUCUUUUGGAUUCCUCUGGUGCCACUGUGCAAGGGCCACCUUGAUAACUCACAGAGUAUUUGAAAGGGUUUUUUAAAUACGUUUAAUAACAGACCUCGUCUCCUCCACAUAAGUUCAUUUUGCCAAAAACAAACGACUAUUUGCACAAGAUGAAUCAUUGCCAUUGGCUCACUGCUAACUCUCUUCUCUCCUCCAAUCAUUUCUAAGACCAAAGUACUGUGGUAGUGGAUUCCCUCUCGUGUCCCCCAGACCGGCCCACACUAUUUAUACACCCUCACCCCCCUGCGUAACUACUCUAAAACCCUAGCACACACACACACACACACACAGACACACACACAGAUACACACACACACACACACACACACAUACAGACAUACACACACGUAGGCUAAAUGAAUGUAUUCUUUGUGUAAUAAAACGUUAUCAGCUGGAACUUUAUUUCUGAUGUAAAAGCUGUAUUUAACUCAGUGUCUUGAUACGUUCAGAGGAUUACUUGCUAUUUGGUUAUCUUGUAAGAGGAACACUUCUGCUUCACGGACAACUUAAAAAUCUCCAAAAUUCUGGCCCCGGACACCUGGUCUCCUGUCUCAGUAUAAGUAGCUUUGAUUUCCACUCUAUUAUUAACUUAUUCAGAUCACGCAGAAAGUGAAUAUGGUCGGACUAGACAUGGUUGCAGUAAAACAGCUGCAGGUGAAUUCUAAUUGAACGCAAGCAAAUAAUGUGGAUCCUGCAGUAUCCAGCAGGUUUGAACUGUGAAGGACCCUAACAGGAGCUAGAGAGACAUGAUUAACACCACAAUCUUAUCCCUAUCGGCAAUGCUCUUCAAAGAGAGGCUUACAGGGACGGGAGACUCAAACAUUUCAAUUGAACCAAUACAAAAAAAAUAUAUACAUGCUGUUCAUUUUGUAAAAAAGAAAAACUGCUAAAAAUCAAAUUAUAGCAGAGUUCAAAGGGGGAUGUGUUCUAGUACAUUUCAACUCGAUAACUUUUUUCAAAAGUGUCAAUAGAUGAAAUGGCGUUUCCUUCGCAGGGUUGACCCAAGAGCUAAUGUUAUAAGGAGUAGAUAUAUAAAUAAAAUAUAAAAACGUCUAUAUGAGCUGGUGUACCAGCAAAAGGGUUAUAUUUGUGAAUUCAAACACUGUAUAAAACAUUUUGUAAUAAUCUGCUACUGAGUUCCGAAUGCUCAAGACUCAUUGAAGCCAGUUAAAGCCAUAAUCACGGGUUAGUAAAACCAGCACAGCUGCGUCUAGCACCGCUAAAAAGCUUGUAAAAGUGUGUGAAAACCAUUAACAUUUGUAUUUCACACACACACACAAACCUGUGCAUGUGCAUGUGUUUGUGUGUAUGCGUGUGCGUAUUUGUGUGUGUGUGUGGGUGUGUGGAUGUGUGUGUGUGUGUGUGUGUGUGUGUGUGUGUGUGUGUGUGUGUGUGUGUGUGUGUGUGUGUGUGUGUGUGUGUGUGUGUGUGUGUGUGUGUGUGUGUGUGUGAAAUGUGUGUGGAUCCUACAUUUGAGAGCAGAGGUUGUGCUUCCAACCUGGGUCCCUAAGCUAAACCUUCAUUUAGAAGCAACCUUGGUCUAUAGGCUAUCCCUUCAUUUAGAAGAAAUGUUGCUCUAUAGGCUUAACCUUCCUUUAGAAGCAACAUUGGUCUAAAGGCUAAAACUUAAUCUAGAAGCAACUUCGGCCUAAAGGCUAAACCUUCAUUUAGAAGUAACCUGGAUCUAUAGGCUAACUCUUUAUUUAGAAGCUAGGCUUGGUUUUUUCAAUUAUGUCCUGGAUUGUGGCUUUAACUCAAACAACAGCCUUAAAAGAAAAUAAUAAAAAAAACACAUUUGAUUUUGUUUUAAUCCUUUCCAACUUGAGCAUUGCUUUGAAAUCAAGGUAAAUUAUUCUGAUUUCUUUACUCCUACUUUCCUGUCCGCGUUUUGUUUACAUUUCUUUUCAACUGCUUGAUCCUAAAGCAUCACUCAAGCUUUCUUUGAAUAACAGUAAUGUCGAUGUAGCGAUGUAUUAAACUACUUAUUUUGUUUUUGGGGUUAUGUUCUCGUGGUUUAUUCUAUCCUUUUCAUUGAUGGAACAGUGGCCUGUAUUUACCAUGUAUCUGAGUAGCAGUGCUACAGUCUAGAAACCCGACAGUCAUAAAGAGAAAAGGGAAUCGGUCAACACUGACCCUGCGUCCACACUGCUGGUCUUUGAGGUUGUGAUGGGGAGUUGUGUUGUAGCAGGGAGGAAAAAAAAGACUAAUAAGUAUACAUUUAUAUAUAUAUAUAUAUAUAUUAAUACAAAGUAGAGGUACCAGAGAGUGGACAGUAGAGUUGCUGCGAGGAGUAAAAGCAGGGACGUUUUUUCCUGCUGUUUUAUUGAAUGGGAAUUUAUUGAGAGAGUGAGGGGAGUGUGAACAGAGUGAAGAAGUGUGAGGGUGGAGGGGUGGAGGGAUGGAGAGAGAAAGAGGGAGAUACUGAGGUGAAAAAGACAUGUAAUCUAAGGAUCAGUGUUGGGGUCUUUUUUUUAUUUAUUUUUUCUUGUCGGAAAUUAAAAUGAGCACAAUAAAAAUAAAUAGCCUUUUUCUUC